GACGCUAAAGCUACAAGUAGAUUCAACUUCAAUUCCAAUUAACCUUCUCCAAUUAACCUUCUCGUCUCCUUCAAUUCUAUCAAACGCCGUCCUUCCAAAAUCUGAAACUCAAAUUGAACCUGUUCUUCAAUUCGUUUAUUAUACUCACCAGGUAAUCUCCUCCCCACCACUACUUCCUUUUAAGGGCCAUCAGCAUCAUGAGCUUUCAAGAUCUUGAGGCUGGAAGGCCUUUCCUGCAAAAGAAGCCUAAAGAAAAAGACCCUUCUCAAGCUGUUGCCGCUGGGAUUUUCCAAAUGAACACCGCCGUCUACUCCUUCAACCGCCUCGUUAAUUCCCUCGGAACUCCCAAGGAUACCAUCGAAUUGCGAGAGAAACUGCACAAGACAAGACAACAUAUUGGAGAACUGGUGAAAGAAACCUCUGCUAAACUUAAGCAAGCGAGUGAAACUGAUCAUUAUGAAGAAGUUAGUCCUGCCAAAAAGAUCAGUGAUGCUAAGCUUGCAAAAGAGUUUAGGAAUGCUCUUAACGAAUUUCAGAAGUCCCAAAGGCUUGCAGCUGAGAGGGAAACUAUGUAUGCUCCUUACGUUCCCAAAAUUCUUCCAUCCAGCUAUCAUGCCCAUGAGCCUGAUGAAAAUUCAUCAAGGAGUUCUAUGCAGCAAUCUCUUCUUGUAGAAUCUAGAAGACAAGAGAUUGUAUUGUUGGACAAUGAGAUUGCUUUUAAUGACGCUAUUAUUGAAGAACGGGAGCAGGGGAUUAAAGAAGUGCAGCAACAGAUUAGUGAAGUGAAUGAGAUAUUCAAAGAUCUAGCUGUUUUGGUACAUGAGCAAGGAGUUAUGAUUGAUGAUAUUGGUUCUAACAUUGAGAGCUCUCAUGCUGCAACUGUGCAAGCUACUUCCCAACUUGCAAAAGCUUCCAAGCUCCAAAGAUCAAAUUCUUCCAUGUUCUGCUUACUCCUUGUGAUCUUUGGAAUCAUUCUGCUCAUUGUCAUUAUAGUAGUUGUGGCUUGAGCAGCAUAUUUUGUUGUCAUCAUCUAAGCUUAAUACGAAGCAGGGUGUCCUUCUGUGAUCUCCUUGGUGGUGUUGUUUUUCAUCAUCUCCUGGUUGACCUGAGCUAGAUGAAUUUACUCACCUCAUAGCACAGAUCAGUCCACCAUUCUGGACUAUACACAAAUGGUCGUUCAUGUACAGUUUUCAAGUUCGCAAGAGGCUGAAUUCCUCUUACGCUGACUACUUCAACUAUGUAUUGUAUAAAUUUAUCCUCCUUUAUGAUCAGUAAUCAAAAGGAAAUGAUUUGUGAUUCA